AUAUUUUCCCUUUCACUGCGUGGUGUUUAAAGUUGGUCCAUCCCAAAAAUUUUCCCCAAUUCUCUGGAAGAAAUCCCUAUUUUCUUUUUAGCCAGCAAAAUGUCAGUUGGAACACAUUUGAAUUCAUUAAUAUAUAUUGCACAUUUAUCUCUCAGUCAUCAAAAUCCAAGAAAAAGUCUUCAAAAUCAUCCCUUGUACCGUCUGCCACCGAGCCCGAGUCUGGUGAAAAAUCGUGCAACAAAUUUAUCAAUUCAGUGCUCAGAAAACCAAGGCCCAAUACUCAGAACUUGCAAGAAUUGCAAGACGCAGUUCGAUCCUGUUCUCAAUCACCCCCGAGCUUGCCGUUAUCACACUGCUCAUUUUGGUGGAGAAACGAAGAGAAAGUUUGAGAGUGUAUUCACCGGAGGAACUAUGGACACCCCCGACUCUGGCAAAGUUUUUCAGUACUGGCAUUGCUGUGGGUCUGAAGAUCCCUUUGAUCCUGGAUGCACUUCUGCCCCUCAUUCUUCAUAUGACGACUAAUGGAUCGAAGAUUCCACGUCUCCAAGAUAUUCUGUGAGUUGUAAUCAAUCAGUUAAGAUUCUUUUUCUGUCACUCAAAACUGAGUUUGGGAUUUCUAAUUUUCUUAUAUCCAUUGCCUUUUGAUCCUGAAAAAUGUAAAGCAUGUACCUAUACCUAUCUUAUUAUUAAUAAAUUACAAAAGUCAUAUUGUUA